GAUAAGUUUGUGCACAGAUGGAAGGCUGACAGGCAGUGUGCAGAUGGACAUCAUGUCUCCGCUCGGCUUCAAACGGCUGUCGGUCUGUUUGGUGGACUGCCUGAAAACUCCGGGAAUAAACGGGAACGCCGACGAAAUAUCCGUGGAGUCCCUGAAGGAAACAGAGGAAAGUAAACAGGAAGCAGGAAAACCAAACAUCGCUCCAGAUAUCGUCUCCGCUCCGGAGCAACGGGAAGAUGAAGAACUAGAAACUCCUGAGGUGGAGUAUGGAGACUUGACAACUGAAAAAAUGGCAGAUAAAGACGAGCAAGAAGCUGCAUCCGAGCCUCGAAGUCACCGCUGUGAGGAUUGUGGGAAAUCCUUCGUACAGAAAUGCAACUUAACAAGACACCGGCGACAAAACUGUAUCAAAACAAGAGAAUCCGUAAACCAGGUGACUUCCGAACAGGAGCAAUCGUUUAUAUGCGAGCAAUGCAAAAAAUCCUUUUCCAGGAAAGGAUAUCUGAAAUCACACAUGCUGAGUCACUCGGAGGAGAGACCGUACGGAUGCAGCAAAUGCGAGAAAAGCUUCAAGCAGCUAGCGAGACUAAAGCAACACGAGCGCAUUCACACGGGAGAGAAACCGUACGGAUGCUCGCUUUGUCCGAAACGGUUCAGGAUCCAAGAGUCGUUGGCGGCGCAUAAAUUAACUCAUUCUGGAGAGAAACCCUACAAAUGCAUCGUCUGUUCCAAAGCCUUUAGUGAGAGGAGUAAUCUGAAGAAGCACAGCAGGAUUCACACGGGGGAGAAACCGUUCUGCUGCUCUCACUGCGGGAAAAGAUGCCGACACCUUCAGCAUCUUGUUUCACACGUGCGAAGCCACACGGGGGAGAAACCGUACAAAUGCGACAAGUGCGGGAAAAGUUACGGUCAUUCGUCGGGGUUGAAGAAACACCAUAUCGCUCACCAAGAGAAACAAAAAAGCUGCUCCCUAAUAUGUGUGGAUUCAUCUCUGUGCGUCGAGACGUCGGAGAAACCACACCGCUGCACAACGUGCGGGAGGUGCUUUUCCCAGACGGCGGCCCUAAAGAAUCACCUGUUCGUUCACGCCGGGUUGAAACCCUACGGAUGUAACUGCUGCGCGAAGACAUUUGCCGACAAGAGCAACCUCGCCAAACACAAACGCAUUCACACCGGAGAGAAACCCUUCGAGUGCGACGUCUGUAAGAAACGUUUCAGGCUCCAUCAGCACCAAAUAAGCCACCAGCUGACUCACCAGAAAGAAACUCUAGAUAAGAAACCUUAAACAAUAAUCGCUUUUUGCAGUUUUUCAGGAAUAUCUCUGUUCAGAAGAUACGAUUUUAAGUGUCACCGGUGGUGGAAAGUGCAUUUACUUGAGUACAAUAAUGAGUGAUGUGAAGUAUUCUUUAUAUUGAUGCUACUUUAUUCUUCUUCUCCACUACAGUUCAGAAGACAAAACUGGACAUUAACCUCACUACAUUCAUUUACAUAUUUAAAAACCGGAGUAUAAGAAUUACAAUCAACUUUUAUACAAUAAAUUACAGCCAGUCAAAUAUUAAAGAUAAUUUUAAAUGUUAUUGCCUUAAAGGUGGGGUGGGUCAUUUUGGAGAAACCGGCUCGAG